AUGGCCGGUGAUUCAUCAAACGGCGCGGCUGCUUCCCAGGCCAAUGGCUCUGCCUCGUACUCUCAGCGCUUCAACAUUGCCGACCACUUCAUUGGCGGCAACAAGCUCGAGAAUGCCGCAGCUUCCAAGGUCAAGGACUUUGUCGCCCAAAACGACGGUCACACCGUCAUCACAAACGUUUUGAUUGCCAACAACGGUAUUGCCGCCGUCAAGGAAAUCCGAUCCGUUCGCAAGUGGGCUUACGAAAUGUUUGGCGAUGAGCGCGCCAUCCACUUCACUGUCAUGGCCACCCCCGAAGAUCUCCAGGCCAAUGCCGACUACAUCCGCAUGGCGGAUCACUACGUCGAGGUUCCUGGAGGCACCAACAACCACAACUACGCCAACGUAGAACUCAUUGUGGAUAUUGCUGAGCGCAUGGAUGUCCACGCCGUUUGGGCCGGUUGGGGUCACGCCUCCGAAAACCCCAAGCUUCCAGAGUCGCUCGCCGCGUCGCCCAAGAAGAUUGUCUUCAUUGGUCCCCCCGGCUCUGCCAUGCGAUCUCUUGGUGACAAGAUUUCUUCCACCAUUGUUGCUCAGCACGCCGAUGUGCCCUGCAUUCCCUGGUCCGGAACUGGUGUUGAUGCCGUCGACAUUGAUGACAACGGCAUUGUCACCGUCAACGACGACGUCUACGCCAAGGGCUGCGUUACCUCAUGGCAGGAGGGUCUGGAAAAGGCCCGCGAGAUUGGCUUCCCCGUCAUGGUCAAGGCCUCCGAGGGCGGUGGUGGCAAGGGUAUCCGCAAGGUUGUCGGCGAGGACGACUUUGAGGCUCUCUACAAGGCUGCUGCCAGCGAAAUUCCUGGCUCUCCCAUCUUCAUCAUGAAGUUGGCCGGUAACGCCAGACAUUUGGAAGUCCAGCUUCUUGCCGAUCAGUACGGUAACAACAUCUCUCUCUUUGGUCGUGAUUGUUCCGUCCAGCGUCGCCACCAAAAGAUUAUUGAAGAGGCUCCUGUUACCAUUGCCAAGCCUGAUACCUUCAAGGCUAUGGAGGACGCUGCUGUCCGUCUGGGCAAGCUAGUCGGCUACGUCUCGGCUGGUACUGUCGAGUACCUCUACUCGUAUGCUGACGAUAAGUUCUACUUCCUCGAGCUGAACCCUCGUCUUCAGGUUGAGCACCCUACCACUGAAAUGGUCUCUGGUGUCAACUUGCCCGCAGCCCAGCUCCAGAUUGCCAUGGGUCUGCCCCUUCACCGUAUCCGCGACAUCCGUCUUCUCUACGGACACGACCCCAAGACCGCGACCGAGAUCGACUUCGAGUUCAAGAACGAAGGCGCCACCGAAUCUCAGCGUCGCCCCAAGCCCAAGGGUCACACCACUGCUUGCCGUAUCACAUCCGAAGACCCCGGUGAGGGCUUCAAGCCUUCCAACGGUGUUAUGCACGAACUGAACUUCAGAUCGUCUUCCAACGUUUGGGGUUACUUCUCCGUCGGUACCCAGGGUGGUAUUCACUCCUUCUCCGACUCCCAGUUUGGUCACAUUUUCGCCUACGGUGAGAACAGACAGGCUUCGCGAAAGCACAUGGUCAUUGCCCUCAAGGAAUUGAGCAUUCGUGGUGAUUUCCGUACCACCGUUGAAUACCUCAUCAAGCUUCUCGAGACCGAGGAUUUCCAGGAAAACACAAUCUCCACUGGCUGGCUCGAUGAGCUCAUCUCCAAGCGUCUUACUGCCGAGCGCCCCGAUACCAUGCUCGCCGUCGUUUGUGGUGCCACUACCAAGGCCCACAUCGCCAGCGAGGCUUGUAUCGCCGAGUACCGUACCGGUCUCGAGAAGGGUCAAGUUGCCUCCCAGGAUAUCCUCCGCACUGUUUUCAACAUCGACUUCAUCUACGAAGGCUUCCGCUACAAGUUCACCGUCACCCGCGCCAGCCAGGACAGCUACCACCUCUUCAUCAACGGCUCCAAGUGCGCUGUCGGCGUUCGUGCCCUCAGCGACGGUGGUCUUCUGAUCCUGCUUGACGGCCACUCCCACAACGUGUACUGGAAGGAGGAAGUCGGUGCCACCCGCAUGUCCGUCGACAGCAAGACUUGCUUGCUCGAGCAGGAGAACGACCCUACCCAGCUCCGCACACCCUCGCCUGGUAAGCUCGUCAAGUACUCCGUCGAGAAUGGCGCCCACAUCCGUGCCGGCCAGACCUUUGCCGAAGUCGAAGUCAUGAAGAUGUACAUGCCUCUUGUUGCUCAGGAGGACGGUGUUGUCCAGCUCAUCAAGCAGCCGGGAGCUACUCUCGAGGCUGGUGACAUCCUCGGUAUACUCGCUCUUGACGACCCCAGCCGUGUCAAGCAGGCCCAAGCCUUUGUUGAGAAGCUCCCGGCCUACGGCGAGCCCGUCGUUGUCGGCAACAAGCCUGCUCAGCGCUUUGCUCUCCUCCACAAGAUUCUCGUCAACAUCCUCCAGGGCUACGAUAACUCCGUCAUCAUGGCGCAGUCCCUCAAGGAGUUCAUCGAGGUCCUCCGCAACCCUGAGCUCCCCUACAGCGAGUGGAACGCCCAGUUCUCUGCUCUUCACGCUCGUAUGCCCCAGAAGCUCGAUGCCCAGUUUGGCCAGAUUGUCGACCGCUCCAAGGCCCGCGGUGCUGAGUUCCCUGCCCGCGCGCUCACCAAGGCCUUUGCCAAGUUCCUCGAGGACAACGUUGCUGAGGGUGACGCCGAUCUGCUCAAGACUACCCUCGCUCCUCUGACCCAGAUCUGCGAUGUCUACGCCGACGGCCAAAAGGUUCGCGAGCUCAACGUUAUCAACGAGCUUCUCGAGAGCUACUACAAGGUUGAGAGCCUCUUCAUCAACCGCGACCAAGAAGAGAGCGUCGUUCUCAAGCUCCGUGACCAGAACAAGGAGUCCAUCGCCACUGUGGUCGAGACUGUUCUGUCCCACAGCCGUGUUAGCUCCAAGAGCUCUCUCAUCCUGGCUAUUCUCGACGAGUACCGUCCCAACAAACCCAACGUUGGCAAUGUCAGCAAGUACUUGCGCGAGACCCUCCGCCAGCUUACUGAGCUCUCCUCCCGCGCCACUUCCAAGGUGUCUCUCAAGGCCCGUGAGAUUAUGAUCCAGUGCUCGCUUCCUUCUCUUGAGGAGCGUGCCUCGCAGAUGGAGCACAUUCUGCGCUCGUCCGUUAUCGAAUCUCGCUAUGGUGAGAGCGGCUGGGACCACCGUGAGCCCAACUUGGAUGUCAUUAAGGAAGUUGUUGACUCCAAGUACACUGUCUUUGACGUGUUGACUCUCUUCUUCGCCCAUGACGACCCCUGGGUGUCGCUUGCUUCUCUCGAGGUCUACAUUCGCCGUGCUUACCGUGCUUACCUCCUGAACAAGAUUGAGUACCACAACGAUGACACUGACUCGCCUCACUUCAUCUCUUGGGACUUCCAGCUCCGUAAGAUUGGCGGUGCUGAGUUUGCCGUCCCUCUUCAGUCCGCUGCUCCUUCUACUCCCGGAACCCCUCUUGAGGCUCCCACCCGCACCUUGAGCGACCUUUCUCUCCUCAGCCACAAGAUUGAGGACGAGCCCAACCGCAAGGGUGUCAUUGUUCCUUGCAAGUACAUUGACGAUGCUGAAGACCUCCUUCAAAAGGCGCUCGAAACUAUUUCUUUCCACAAUAAGCAGACCAAGGUUACUGGACCUGCUGGAGUCCGCAGUGAGCUCCUUGCUCGUCGCAACCCCAGCAACGUCUUUGGCAUCUCCCGUGGCAAGGACGAGGAGCUCAGCGCCGUCAUCAACGUCGCUGUCCGUGACGCCGAGAGCAACGAUGAUGAGGAGAUCCUCUCCCGCAUCCGCCCCAUUGUUGCCCAGUUCAAGGAUGAGCUUCGUGCCCGUGGCGUUCGCCGCCUCACCUUCAUCUGCGGCCGCAGCGACGGUUCUUACCCCGGCUACUACACUUUCCGUGGCCCGGCUUACGAGGAAGACGACAGCAUCAGACACAGCGAACCUGCUCUUGCCUUCCAGCUUGAGCUUGCUCGUCUGUCCAAGUUCCACAUCAAGCCCGUCUUCACUGAGAACAAGAACAUCCACGUUUACGAGGGUCUUGGAAAGAAUGUUGAUACCGACAAGCGUUACUUCACACGCGCAGUCAUCCGACCUGGCCGCCUCCGAGACGAAAUCCCCACGGCCGAGUACCUCAUUUCUGAAGCUGACCGCGUCAUCAACGAUAUCUUUGAUGCUCUUGAGAUUAUUGGCGGCAACAGCUCUGAUCUGAACCACAUCUUCAUGAACUUCAGCCCCGUGUUCCAGCUCGAUCCCCAGGCUGUUGAGCACAGCCUUCAGGGCUUCCUCGACCGUUUCGGUGCCCGCGGCUGGCGCCUCCGUGUCGCCCAGGUCGAAAUCCGUAUCAUUUGCACGGAUCCCAAGACUGGCCUCCCCUACCCUCUCCGUGUGAUCAUCACCAACACCUCUGGCUACGUUGUUGAUGUUGAUCUGUACGCAGAGCGCAAGUCAGAGAAGGGCGAAUGGAUCUUCCAGAGCAUUGGCGGCACCAAGGAGAAGGGAUCGAUGCACUUGCUCCCCGUCUCUACUCCCUACCCCACCAAGAACUGGCUGCAGCCUAAGCGUUACAAGGCUCAUCUCAUGGGCACCCAGUUUGUCUACGAUUUCCCCGAGCUCUUCCGCCAGGCCAUCCAGAACAGCUGGGUUAAGGCUGUUAAGACACAGCCUGGCCUUGCUGCUCACCAGCCCAAGGUUGGAGAGUGCCUGACGUACACUGAGCUCGUUGUCGAUGACAGAGACACUCUGCAAGAGGUUAACCGUGAACCCGGCACCAACGCUUGCGGUAUGGUUGGUUGGAUGCUCCAGGCCCGCACCCCGGAGUACCCCGCUGGUCGUCGCUUCAUUGUUGUCGCCAACGACAUUACCUACAAGAUUGGUUCCUUUGGCCCCAAGGAAGAUGACUUCUUCCACAAGUGCACUGAGCUCGCCCGCAAGCUUGGCAUCCCCCGUAUUUACCUCUCUGCCAACUCUGGUGCCCGUCUCGGUGUUGCUGAGGAGCUGAUGCCUCACUUCAAGGUUGCCUGGAACGACGAGAAGAAGCAGGAGAGCGGCUUCCGCUACCUGUACCUCGACGACGCUGCCCAGGAGCAGUUCAAGAAGGAGGUUGUCACCGAGGAGAUUACCGAGAACGGUGAGAAGCGCCACAAGAUUGUCACCAUUGUUGGUCAGGAGGACGGUCUUGGUGUCGAGUGUCUCCGUGGCUCUGGUUUGAUUGCUGGUGCCACCAGCCGUGCCUACAACGACAUCUUCACCGUCACCCUUGUCACCUGCCGAUCCGUUGGUAUCGGUGCUUACCUUGUCCGUCUUGGCCAGCGUGCUGUCCAGAUUGAGGGCCAGCCCAUUAUCCUCACUGGUGCUCCCGCUCUUAACAACCUGCUUGGUCGCGAGGUUUACACCUCCAACCUGCAGCUUGGUGGUACCCAGAUCAUGUACCGCAACGGUGUGUCUCACAUGACUGCCAACGACGACUUUGAGGGUGUCUCCCGCAUUGUCGAAUGGAUGUCGUUUGUUCCCGACAAGCGCAACAACCCCAUCCCCGUCAGCCCCAGCACCGACACCUGGGACCGUGACAUCACCUACUGCCCCCCUCAGAAGCAGCCUUACGAUGUCCGCUGGUUGAUUUCCGGUAAGACUGACGAGGACAACAGCUUCCAGAGCGGUCUCUUUGACAAGGACUCGUUUGUCGAGACCCUUGGUGGCUGGGCCCGCACCGUCGUCGUCGGUCGCGCCCGCCUCGGUGGCAUCCCCAUGGGUGUCAUUGCUGUCGAGACUCGCUCUGUUGAGAACAUCACCCCCGCUGACCCUGCCAACCCCGACUCUAUUGAGCAGGUUUCCAACGAGGCUGGUGGUGUUUGGUACCCCAACUCUGCCUUCAAGACUGCUCAGGCUAUCAACGACUUCAACAACGGUGAACAGCUGCCUCUCAUGAUCCUUGCCAACUGGCGUGGUUUCUCUGGUGGUCAGCGCGACAUGUACAACGAGGUUCUCAAGUACGGUUCGUUCAUCGUUGACGCUCUCGUCAAGUACGAGCAGCCUGUCUUUGUCUACAUUCCUCCCUUUGGUGAGCUCCGUGGUGGAUCUUGGGUCGUCGUCGACCCCACCAUCAACGCUGAAGCCAUGGAGAUGUACGCUGAUGUGGACGCUCGUGGUGGUGUUUUGGAGCCUGAGGGUAUCAUUGGUAUCAAGUACCGCAAGGAUAAGCAGCUCCAGACCAUGGCCCGUAUGGAUGCUACUUAUGCCGAGCUUAAGAAGGCGGCUGAGAACAAGGACCUUACCAAGGAGCAGGCUGCCGAGAUCAAGGAGAAGCUCAUCGCCCGCGAGAAGCAGCUGCUCCCUGUCUACUCCCAGAUUGCUAUCCAGUUUGCCGACCUGCACGACAACUCUGGCCGCAUGAAGGCCAAGGGUGUCAUCCGCGACCAGCUCGAGUGGACCAACGCCCGCCGCUUCUUCUACUGGCGUCUGCGCCGCCGUCUCAGCGAAGAGUACACUCUUCGCCACAUGUCCAACAGUGCCCUCAGCGGCAACGGCUCUGCCACCGCCAACGCUGCCCAGGCUUCGGAAACCCGCUCCCGUAACCUGGCCAAGCUUCAGAGCUGGUCUGGCAUUGCUGGCUGGGAGCAGAAGGAUCGCGAGGUUGCUGAAUGGUACGAGUCGCAGCGCAAGGUUAUUGGCGAGAAGGUCGAGGCCCUCAAGGCCGAAACCCUCGCCGCCCAGCUUGCCGAUGUUGUUCGCGAGAACAAGGAGGCUGGUUUCAAGGGUGUGCGCGAAGUUUUGCGCGUCAUGCCCGUCGAGGAGCGCGAGGCGCUGCUCAAGUUCCUCAAGGGAUAA